GUUGAAUGCUGAAUUUGGAUCGCACUACAACAAAAGUGACUUACAAAGCCAUUUCAUAAAUUUGAAGAAGCGAUUUAUAAUGAUAUGAAAAUUUUGAUUGACCAGAAUGGAUUUCAUUGGGAUGAAAUGCAUCAGAUGAUAACUGCUGAUGAUGAUCACUGGGGUUAUAUGUGAAGAUGAGGAUGACAAGCACUUUCAGCAGAGGUCAUCCAAGGAUACAACAAUGGACAAAAGCAAUGGAGAGAACUAUUUUAUUGACCUCAUGUUAGAGCAGGUACAGAAAGGAAACAAGAAUGGCCAUACGUUCAAGGAGCAAGCUUGGGCCUGGAUUAUCACAUCCUUUAAUGAAGAAUUUGGACUAUUGCUAGACAAGGAUAUAGUUGAGAACCAGCAUUUAAGCUUGAUGAAAGAGUUUGAAAAUAUCACAGAUAUUCUUAAUCAGCCUGGAUUUGAAUGGUAUGAAAUUCAGCAAGUAGUGGUGGCUGAUGAUGAUAUGUGGGAAGAUUACAUCAAGGCUUUGGAUAUGGUUAUGAUGCAUGAUGUGCAUGCAAUGCAUAAACUGUUAAAAGAGGAUUUGGAAGAUGUCUGUAAGGAUUAUCAAUCUUUACCUUGUAAUGUUUUCUUAAACCUUUUUUUUUUUUUAAUGUUGAUCUUGUGCAGGAGCAUCCAGAUGCAAUCAAAUACACAGAUAGAAACUUGGUUGUUUAUAAUCAUCUGUGUGAGAUAUAAUUAUCUGGUCUUUCCCUCGAAUUGAUCCAGCGGUGGGUGAAGCGAAAGCUUUGUUAUUAGGGCUGGCUAGAUGUGUGGACCUCUCUGUUCAGCAAGUUAAUUUUGAAGGUGAUGCUCUAGUGGUGGUGAAUGCAAUUGAGUUUAGUUUCAGAGUAGGCUAUUGAGGACCUUAUUACCGAGGCUCGGUACGAGUUUGAUGGGCUUCGGACUUGGUCUAUUACCAAAAUUCACAGGUGCCAGAAUACCUGGGCGGACUCUAUCGACAAAUGGGACCCUGUCAGAGGUUUGUCUGGCAGCAUUCCUUGUCACAUGUUACAGGAACUUCAAUUUGGUUGUAUAAUGGUCAGAUCCUCUCUAUCAUAAUUUUGGGGUUUCUUCUAAUUCGUUGUAACUCUUUGUUUGCCAAAAAAUAAACCUAGAACCACAUAUCAAUAGUAAUUAGGCCUCACCAUUCCAUUUACUGCCCAGCCCAGCCCAGCCCAACCCAGGUGAGGCCCAGUUAUACCGAAAACGCGUUUUGGCAUGUGAAGAUUCCAAGUGGAGAGAGGCAUCCGGUACCCCAAGUGGGUCCCCAUGAAAGCAGAUUUAUAUC